AAAGUUGCAAGCAGAAUGUCUAAUAACAUGGCAAAGAUUGCAGAUGCAAGAAAAACAGUGGAACAACUGAAACUGGAGGUUAAUAUUGACAGGAUGAUGGUAUCUAAAGCGGCAGCUGAGCUGAUGGCUUACUGUGAGUCCCAUGCAAAAGAGGACCCCUUGGUGACCCCCGUACCAUCCUCAGAAAACCCUUUCAGAGAGAAAAAGAUAUUCUGUACAGUUUUGUAG